AUGAAAAAAUUAUGGUUAAAACUAUUGAUGGGUACUUCCAUCCUGACAUUAGCAAUAGCAUAUUCUUAUUUAAAGAAAAAGUAGAUUCCAAAGAAACGAUUAGUAGAUAUAAUAGGCAAUACUCCUUUAAUAUAUUUAAAGAGUCUUUCAGAAUAAACAGGAAGAGAGAUAUAUGUAUUCUUUUUUCUUAUAAUUUAGGCCAAAUGUGAAUUUAUGAAUCCUGGGAGUAGUAUGAAGGAUAGAACUGCUUUAGCAUUGAUUUAAUAUGGUUUCUAGUAAGGAUAAUUGGGAAUAAAAAAUAAGACUAUUUAUGAAGGUACAUCAGGAAGUACAGGAGUGAGUCUAACUUUAAUUGGAAAUAGUUUAGGAUGUAAAUGUAAGUUAUAUUUACAAAAUGAUUUGGCUUAAGAGAAAUAUAACAUUUUAUAAACUUGUGGUGCUAUCAUUGAAAAAGUACCACCUGUUUCUAUUGUUGAUUCAGAACAUUUUUGUAAGAAAGCAGAAAAAUAAGCUAAAAUUGAAGGUGGAUAUUAUGCUGAUUAAUUUCAUAAUUUGGCAAAUUAAUAAGCACAUUUUUAAACAGGUAAAGAGAUAUAUGAAUAAACAAAUGGAUUAAUAGAUUGUUUUAUUAUGUCUUCAGGAACAGGAGGAUCUAUUGCAGGAAUUUCUUAAUAUCUAAAAAGAAAAAAUAAAAAUAUCAAAGUAAUACUAGCAGAUCCUCCUGGAUCUUCAUUGAAAACUCAUGUGAAUAGUGGAGUGUGUUAUACUUAUUAAGAAGCUGAGGGUCAUAGACUGAAAAACCCUUUUGAUACUGUGAUAGAAGGAUGUGGAUUAAAUAGACUAACAAAAAAUUAUAUGUAAGCCUAAAUUGAUUAUGGUUUUACAAUAUAAGAUAAAGGUAAAAUUAGAUUAAUAAUAAUUUCAGAAUCUAUACAGAUGGCUUAAUUGUUAAUUGAAAAAGAGGGAUUGUUUGUUGGUGCAUCUAGUGCUAUGAAUUGUGUGGCAGUUCUUAAAGCUGUUUAGAAAUAUCCAGAAUGUAAAGUUUUUGUUACAAUCUUAUGUGAUUCUGGAUAAAGAUAUUUGAGUAAAUUUUAUAAUAAAGAAUAUUUAUAAUAGCAUUAAAUUGAAUAUUGA